AUGCCCAUCAAAAUUUCCGCCAAGCGAGAUACUAUGCCAGUGAGUAUAAGCAAACAUUGGGCUGUAGCUGGUGGCAGGGCUACUGGCAUUUUCACCGACUGGAAAAUAGGAGUGCAGAAAAAGCGAUCAAAGGAACAAAAGCCUGCUAUGAGGCUUUUAGCUCCCAAGAAGAAGCAGAAGACUUUAUUGCAAGUUGGAAAGAUGCCUUCGCUGACGUAUCGCGACUGGCCAUCAGACAAGCAUUAG